AUGGAGGGCGCCGAGCCGGCCGCCAGCGGCAGCGCCGCGCAGCCCCGCCGCCUCGCCGGCGGCUCCGGGGCGGCGGCCGCCAUGGAGGAGCCACUCGCGGAGGCUCCGCGCCCGGAGGCGGUGGCGGUAGCGGCCGCCCCGGAGCCGAGGAAGCAGCAGGGGGUGAAGCGGCAUCACCACAAGCACAACCUGAAGCACCGCUACGAGCUGCAGGAGACGCUGGGCAAAGGCACCUACGGCAAAGUCAAGCGGGCCAUCGAGAGGUUUUCCGGCAGAGUGGUUGCAAUAAAAUCCAUUCGUAAGGACAAAAUUAAGGAUGAACAAGAUAUGGUUCACAUCAGACGGGAGAUUGAGAUCAUGUCAUCCCUCAGCCACCCUCAUAUCAUCACCAUAUAUGAAGUAUUUGAAAAUAAAGAUAAGAUUGUGAUCAUCAUGGAGUACGCAAGUAAAGGAGAGUUGUAUGAUUACAUCAGUGAGAGGCGGCGGCUGAGUGAAAGAGAGACAAGACAUUUCUUCCGACAGAUAGUCUCUGCUGUACAUUACUGCCACAAGAAUGGUGUUGUCCACAGGGACCUAAAAUUGGAAAACAUCCUUCUUGAUGACAAUUUUAACAUUAAGAUUGCUGAUUUUGGACUCUCCAACCUUUAUCACAAAGACAAGUUUCUACAGACCUUUUGUGGAAGCCCACUGUAUGCUUCUCCUGAAAUAGUUAAUGGGCGACCUUACAGAGGCCCAGAGGUUGACAGCUGGGCCCUUGGUGUAUUGCUUUACACUCUGGUUUAUGGAACGAUGCCCUUUGAUGGCUUUGAUCACAAAAAUCUCAUCAGGCAGAUCAGCAGUGGAGAAUAUCGUGAGCCAACACAGACCUCAGAUGCUCGUGGUCUCAUCAGAUGGAUGCUGAUGGUGAACCCUGAACGCCGAGCAACUAUUGAAGACAUUGCCAAUCACUGGUGGGUUAACUGGGGCUACAAGAGUAGUGUUUGUGACUGUGAUGCCAUGAGGGACUCUGAGUCCCCGUUGCUGGCACGGUUCAUUGAUUGGCAUCACCGUUCCACUGGCCUCCAACCAGAGACUGAUACCAAAAUUAAGUGCCUUUCUAAGCCCAAAGGUCCUGAAGUCACACUAGAGAGACAAAGGUCUCUGAAAAAAUCAAAAAAGGAAAAUGACAUUGCACAGUCCAUCCAGGAAGGAGGAGCUGAAAAUGCAUCUAAACCCACCUCCAAGAGACCCAAAGGCAUCCUGAAGAAACGGAGCAACAGUGAACAUCGAUCUCACAGUGCAGGGUUCAUUGAAGGAGUGGUCAACCCAGUGUUACCCUCUGCUUUUAAGUUGGAGCAAGAGUUGUGUAGAACUGGCGUAGCCAUUAAAAGUGUUGUGGAGGGAGAGGUAGCAUGCAAAUACAGCACUAAGCAGUCUUCACUAAUGCCAAAAAAAGGAAUCUUAAAGAAGACUCAGCAGAGAGAGUCUGGCUAUUACUCCUCUCCAGAACGAAGUGAAUCUUCUGAACUCUUGGACAAUAAUGAUGAGACAGUAAACAGUGACACUUCUCCAGGGGUCACAGAGCCAUCCAGAAAUGGGUCUUAUAGCCAUUCUUGCAGGCGUAAGGGCAUCUUAAAACAUAACAGCAAGUAUUCUGCAAGCAGCACUGAAUCUGCUUUGAUUAGCCCUGAUACACCUACACUGGAUGCCAUGGAAGAAGUGGUCCUGCCUGGGGAUGGGUUACCUCGAAGUUACAGUCGCCCUUCCAGUGUGAUUAGUGAUGACAGUAUUUUGUCCAGUGAUUCCUUUGAUUUGUUGGAUUUGCAAGAGAAUAGGCCAAACAGACAGAGGAUAAGGAGCUGUGUCUCUGCUGAAAACUUCCUCCAGAUCCAAGACUUUGAAGGACUUCAGAACCGCCCACGGCCACAGUACCUAAAACGUUAUCGCAACCGUCUGGGAGAUAGCAGUUUUUCCCUUCUCACAGACAUGGAUGAUGUGACUCAGGUCUAUAAGAAAGCCCUAGAGAUCUGCAACAAGCUCAACUAGCAGAGAGAAGAUGGAAAUGGUGGGAGGGGAAUUGUUCUGUGUACCUUUAUGUUGGAGUAAGCCAGGUCACUGUUUUGUUGACAGUGGUAGGUUUUCCUUCAAAGGACUUGACUGUAUCUACAUAACUGAAUUCAUAGCAAAAUGUAGAACAACCCUGAAGUCAUCUCACACUUCUCUAGUUUCGUUUCCUCGAAAUGUUACCUAGCUCCCCAGAGAAAACCUAUGGUCUUUGUAAAUGUGAUGAAAGCAUAUCAAGCUCUAGCAAGCAAAAGCAUUGAGAUCUAAUGGCUCAAAUUUAAAGUUAGAUAAAUUUCAAACUGGAAGUGAGGCACACACAUUUUCUGUAGUUUGUAAUUCUAUCAAGAGUUCUAUCAAGAGAUGAGAUGAAUUCUUCAAGACAAUUUUGAUAUCUUUUAGAAAGAGAACCUUUAUUUCCCCUGAAGUUAUUCAUCUGGAUAUGGGAAUUGCACAUUGAGAAUAUUUGGCAUGCAUGAUGGGGAGACUAGGCUAGAUGGACACCAUGGUCAGAUGGUCUUCUAGCAGAGAGACCUGAGAUGUUCUGGAUCCAUUCUGGGACAGAUAAUUUGAGAGGAUCACCUCAGUAUAACCUCACGUGAUGUACAUGGACAAGUGGUGGAGCUAGGUAUUCACUGGCAGUUCUUCCCACAGGCAUUGCUCUUCAGUGAGCAGGAGGCCCUCAAAUCUUUUCUGGCUACCACUCUUACCAGCCAGAAAUGCAAUCACAGGAACAAUAAGGGGAAGUGGCAGGACAUGGACAUUAUAAACAGCUUUUAAAAGCCUUUCAACCUGUAUGUUUGAUUUGUGAUUUUUUCUAAAUUGCCAGCCAGAUGAAAGCCCAGAGAAAGGUAGAUCUAACAAACUGUAUGAAGGGUUAAACUAACCUUGCAAUCUAGAGUUCAGUCACUGUCAGCAAAUGGUGCCACCUUGCUGUUAGCUUGUAGUAUCUGAAGGUGACAGGUAGUUUGCUAUCAGAAAGUUAGCUAAAGAAAAGAUUGUAGCAUGUAGGAAAUGGAUAGAGGUCAGAAUGUUGGUGGGACUGUGCCUUUCUCCAAAUGAAAAUGUUUCUAAGUAGGUAGUAAUGGAGCAGAAAGAAUUGAACGAUGAAAUGAUAAUGGUAGAUUUGAUAACAGAGUUAGUGUAAAAAUGCAGGCCUCUAUGUACAGUGUAGCUGGUACUGCGUGUGCGAUGAUAUCCAUUUGGGGGAAAAAAAAGGAUAUGUGUAUGUAUUCUUGGACAUAUCUAAAUGUCUAGACUGAAGGCUUCAACUCCCAUAAAGGUACCACAUGGGUCUACUGGAUUACCUGAAUGUAAGCCUAUGUUAGAAAGGCACUGUGCGUUUGACAGGCCUGGGCAAACUGGAAUCAUAAGGAAGGCCCAUUUCAGUCUCAUUUACAUGAGCGCAUAGCCCUUGGCUUUCUUAAAGGUGCACUGCUGUGAAUAAAUGGCAGAUUUCAGCCUAUGAUGUCAAAUUAUCUGCAGUUCUAAAAUUUGUGUGUGCACAUACACCCAGAGCAGAGGAGCAUGGGGCAAACUUCUUCUCAUUCCCACCUAAAAGCAGAAUUUGGCCCACUAUGCCCAAAAUCUUAGAGAUCAUGAGGAAUGGGAAUCGAGUUCCGUAGGGGAUUCUUGGAGAAUCAAGAAUAACCCAUAAAUGAUUGGAAGCUGGGCAGGGAGCUAUUUCACUUCUUAUUUCCCAACUUGCAAUUCCUUAUUUGGUGUAUCAUGGUACCUAAGUCUGCCAGUUGCUCCUAAAAAUCACCUGGAAUGUCCAGUGUAAAGAUGAAUGAACUGUAGUUUCCUCUACCAGCUGAUCUGACUCUGUGCAGAACCUUUCCUUAUUGUGGAACACAGGACCAAAUUUGGCCUUAGAGUAAAUGGCGUCAGUACCCAUGAAAUCUGUGAGAGGUGUGCUCUCAGGCAGUAAAGUGAAAUUUGGCUCACUGUUCAUUUGCUCAAGAAUGGCAACAUCAGGUCAUUUCUCUGUUGAUGUAUACCUUUCUAUGAUACUCAGAUGUUCCAUCUUCUCACAGGGCCUGUAUGUGCUCUUUUAGCCCUCCUGAAAUCAAUACCCUGUUUUGCAGUGUAUUCAGUUAACAAGUUUGCCGUGCUGCAUUUAAAACAACCUGACGCAGUUUCCAUGGUGUUUCUGAAUCGUGGAUGUGCUUUUCAGCCACGGCUUUUAACUUGUGCCCCAGAACGUAAGAACCAGAUCUUCAGCCGGCAUCAAUCAGUGCUGUUGUGUUGAUACAAUGGAGCACGACUCCAGUGGCGUUACGCUGAUUGAUUGACACCUUCCUUGCAGAUCUGGUGCUAAACAUUUAAUUGAUUUCUGUAGAUUUCAAGCUGAAGGGAAGAGAACUCAACUGGCUGUUGCAGGGAACUGAGAAGCACUCUGAAGGCCCAUAUCUACCUAGACUUUUGCCCAGGCCUGCUUCCUUGUGUACAAAUGUGAAUGAAUGAGUGACUGCUUGCUGCCAAACUGGAAAUGUUAUGUAGGGAUUUACUGGCAUGUUACUGGCAUGUUACAUGUUUACUGGCAUGUUACCAUUCCUAGAAGAGAAGAAAAAAACUUGACUGCACAUUGUUAUUAUUAGUGUUGUGAUUUUUAUUUAAUUUUUUUGUAAUACAAAGUUGACUUUUUUAUUUGAAUUUGUCUUUUUUUAUUUAUUGGUCUGAAAGCCAUUUCAAAGGUAUAAUAAUAUAUUUGGUGUAAUUUAAUUGGUGCAACAUUAUUUUACAGCUCCGGCCAAAAUUGGUGUUAUUUUUUGUUUUUUUGUUUUGUUUUUUCCCAAUCCUUGGUUGGUUUGAGCUCUUCAAGGCACACAGGGGAAAACGCUGGAUAAUCACCCAAAGUGUUUGUAUUUUUAAUCUGAUACUGUUUUUUAUUAAAUAAAAUGAAAUUAAUGUAACUGUGAA